GUCGCUGGUCUUUGAAACAAGCCAACAGGCUUACCUCUGGAUGGUUAUUCCCCUUCCAAGAAUUUGUGACACGUAUAAUCACGAAACGAUUUGGGAUUCACUGGGAUUGCCCGGCUUUUUACGUUUUAUGUGGUUUUUUAGUUCAAAAAGAUCUGACAUUCACUUUUGUUUUAAUCUGUAAGAUUGAUUUUCUCUCUCUUGACAAUAUCGCGAUUUGUUUGUUUUUUUUUUUUUUUUUGGGAAGGAGGUAAAAGACGUGACAACCUAAUAUACGUGCUGCAUUGUUUUCAUCGCAUGUGUUGCGAUUUUUUUUGUAAGAGUUUGCUAAUAAAACAAAUUGACAAUCGAGAGAAAAAGUUGUUUCCAGUUGAUUUUAAUGCACGGUGUGAAAUGGAUUUCUACAAGAAUCCCAAUUUCCUGCCGUUAGAGGAGUUGGAAUUGCAUAUCAAGACUGAUGGAGUAGUUUUGGUAAAAAGUGCUUUGAGUCCACAGUGGGUGGAAAAGCGUUAUUUUUUACAUUAUGAAGUGCCGGAAAUAUACGAUAAAGAUGGAUCAGAAAUAGAAGGUGCUAAGAACCAUUGGCUGGAGAUCACAGAUUAUAUCAUUGAAGAUUUAAACUGGUUACUUGGUCUUCGGUUUCAUCGGUUCUGGUCCAACAUUGUAUUUAAUACUGCAAUUAUAGAUACUUUAGUAUCUUUUCUACAAGAAGCUCCACCUUUUUAUGCAUUGGAAAAUUUUCCUACAAUACGAAGAGUAAGAGAAAACUUGGAAAAGCUUCGCUAUUCUGUACUUAUGAUUUUUGCACGUUUGGUCACAAACAAAGAAAGUCCUACAGAAUACAUGAACAAUGCAUUCCUUGGAAAUUUAUUGUAUGACAAUUAUAUUUUUACAAUACCUAUUAUAUUUGAUUUGUGUCAAUUGUAUGGUAGAGAAAAUGCCAAGGUCAUGCAAAAGAUUCUACAAUGUCUUUUUGAUCUACAACCAAUGUACAAUGAUGAUCUUCAGAAAUCCGUACCAUGCCUAAUAAGCGCACUUGAGAAUGUUGAACGAAGAUUUGACAACAGUUCAAUCUAUGGUACAGAAGCAGUAGCACUUUCAGAACAAAGAAAUUCUAUUGACAUGACAUUAUAUAAUUUAGAGGACGUGAUAUUAUAUAUUUUAGAUGUGUCAUCAACUCUUACAGUAUUAUUACGAAUUUAUCCUUCAGUGAUACAAAUAUUUCACAGAGAAGACUUUAUGAACAAAAUAGUUUCGUUAUAUGGAAAUACGAUACCUCAAAUGUAUCAGAAAUUAGACAAGUUGGCAUUGAAUGAUGAAAAUAUGCCGAAGUACAUAGAAUUAAAACAUCGUCUGGACGUAACUAGAAUAGAAAUGUUGGAACUUUAUCGAAUUAUUAUAUAUGAGCCUAUAUCAAAUAUUCGGGAAAAAAACAAUACGAUACCUGAAAGUGAACUAAGAAGAUAUAUAGAUGAAUAUUUGAAUACACUAAUAAAUGCUAUAUCCGAAAAGGAAUUUAUUAUAGAUUAUCAUCGAUUGUAUCCAAUUAAGCCUGAUCUUGAGAGUUUGUGCAAAUUGUGUCCUGAAGUUGAUUCAAUAAAACAUGAGUAUAUCUUGCAAGCACUGAGCGCAUCGAUUGGAGAUACAACAGUAGUUAAUGAAUAUUCUAAUGAUACGAGUAGAAAUGUUGGUGGAUCUAGUAGCAUACAAGACAGUCAAAAGGUUAAAGAAGAUAAUAUUACGAAGCGGACAAAGGAUGAAAUAAAAUCUAAAGACACUGACGAAAUGUCUCGUCUCGUCUCGGAAGUAAAAGAAAUCUUAUGCGAUUAUGGCGAAGGAUUCAUACAGGCAUGUUUAAAGCAUUAUGACAAUAAUGUUGAGGAUGUGAUACACGCAGUUUUGGACAACACUUUGCCACCCACUUUACAAAAAUUGGAUACAACAGUACCAUAUAUACCGUUAGAUCCACAGGAAGUGUCGGCUGCUGUAGAUUUAGCCGUUCGUGAUUUACAAAAAUUAGAAUUUUCCAACAAUGACGAAUCCAACUUGACACAAUAUACGGACACGUCCGUGUUUCAAACGCAGAAAAAGAAAUAUAAGUAUAGAAAUGCAAGAGAAAUGUUGGACGACAAAUCCGAAAUGAAAAACCAUCGAGCUUUCUAUGGAAAAUAUAGCGUUGUUAGUGAUUACGACGACGAAUAUGACGAUACCUAUGACAGUCACAACAUUCGUGGCGGUAUGCGAGAUGAUUCUACAGAAGUAGAUACCAAAUGUUUUGCUCCAAGAGUGUUUCGCUCAUAUAACAAAGCCAGCUCUGAGGAUGAUGAAAAUGACAAUGAGAAGCCGGUGCAAAAUAAUAAUAAUUAUUUUGUGGAGAAUCCAGCGGAUGCGCGUGUUAAAGCCGAACAGCGAAGAUUCGCAAAAGAAAGUAGAAAUACAUAUGGCAAAUCUAGAGGUGGCGAUCAAAACCAGAGCAGCUCGACUAACAAAGUCAGAAAUAACAAGCAGCACAGGCAGAGUAAUAAUCACAAUCGUCGAACGGGUUCCCAAAUGAAGAAAAGACAGGCUAUCGCCCAAUUGACACAAGUUUUCCAUCUCGGAUUCAGGUAGAUGUAUACGCUCUGAUACAUUUCCAAACGACAGCCGGCGCUACAAUUUAGAGACGAUUUAUAGUUCGCUUCGUUAUUGCGUGCU